CUAUUUAUAUUAUAUUCUUGCUCCUUGAUUUUCUUAGACAUUACCCUGUGCACUGUUCCUCGCUAGCCAUCGACUGACAGCCAUUCUACCAGUGCGGCCCGCAAGUGAGCUUACCUAGUAUAUAUAGUAUACAGGAUGGCAGCAGAAAUGGAAGAGAUGGAGCAGCAGGGCAUGGUGGAAGGCCAGGAGGAAAUUACCGGGCCGCUGCCCAUUGAGACUCUUCAGCAACACGGUGUCGCUGCCGCGGACAUAAAGAAGCUGAAGGAGGGCGGUGUGCACACCGUCGAGCAUCUUGCGCAUGCUCCCAAGAAGCAGCUCUCUGAGAUCAAAGGACUCAGCGAGGCAAAGAUCGAGAAGAUGCAGGCUGUAGCAUUCAAGCUCAUACCCAUGGGCUUCACGACAGCAGCGAUUGUCGCUGAGCAGCGCAAGGAGGUCAUCAACAUCACGACUGGGUGCAAGGAGCUGGAUUCCAUCCUUGAAGGUGGCUUCGAGACGGGAAGCAUAACGGAGAUCUACGGCGAGUACCGAUGCGGCAAAACGCAGCUCUGCCACACGCUAUGUGUGACAUGCCAGUUACCAGUUGACAUGGGCGGCGGCGAGGGCAAGGCUAUGUACAUUGACACGGAGGGAACCUUCCGGCCACAGCGACUAACACAAAUCGCUGAAAGGUACGGGCUGAGCGCGGAGGACGUGCUCAACAACGUUGCCUACGCUCGAGCUCACAACACAGAGCACCAGAUGCGGCUGCUGCAGGACGCCGCGUCCAUGCUUGCGGACAGCCGCUUCGCGCUGCUGAUCGUGGACAGCGCCACCGCGCUCUACCGGACGGAGUUCAACGGCCGCGGGGAGCUGAGUGUACGGCAGAUCCACUUGGGCAGGUUCCUCCGCGCGCUCCAGGGUAUCGCUGACGAGUUUGGUGUGGCGGUGGUUGUCACCAACCAGGUCGUCGCAGCCAACCUCGACGGCGCCGGCGGCGGCAUGUUUGCGGGGCCGCAAGUGAAGCCCAUCGGCGGCAACAUCAUGGCGCACGCCACCACCACUCGCCUGGCGCUGCGCAAGGGGCGAGGCGAGAACCGAGUCGUCAAGAUCAUUGCUUCGCCGUCGCUUCCGGAGCGGGAGGCGCAGUUCUCAAUCGGGCCCGAGGGUGUCACGGACGCCAAGGACUGAGAGCGGCGCGCGUCAUGGAGGUGUGCAUGUGGAGGUGUACCAAGACCGCGCAUGUAACGACGACGACGACGACGGCGACUGGGGCCAGAGUUUUGUAUACUAAGGGCCAAGGUCAAGGCCAAUUUUGUGAUAUAACGGGAACGGUGUUUGGCGUUCGACGUAGG